AUGUCAGUAAUAGAAACCCCCUCCAAAGCAGCUGCGGCCGCUCUCUCCUCCAUCGAUCUCAACUCGGUAAAACCCAAAGAUCUCUUGUCAAAGCUCAAAGCUGUUGAACAACCUACCAAACAUGUCGUCGUUGAUUCCAAGUCCAUCUCCACCCCCACCCCUGUUGAAGAACCCGUAGAAGAUGUUCGUCAACGGUUCGUCGGUGAUCUCGACUGUGAAGAGAAAGAUGAACCUCUUCUCAAAGAAACCACCAGUCGUUUUGUUCUUUUCCCUAUCAAGUACCGCGAGAUUUGGCAAAUGUACAAACAGGCUCAAGCUUCUUUCUGGACUUCAGAAGAGAUCAACCUUGCUCCCGAUCUACACGACUGGGAGAAUAAACUCAAUGAUAACGAGAGAUAUUUCAUCGAACAUGUUCUUGCCUUCUUCGCUGCUUCUGAUGGCAUCGUCAAUGAAAACCUCGUCGAACGUUUUUCUGCAGAAGUCCAAGCUGCCGAAGCUAAAUGUUUCUACGGUUUUCAAAUCAUGAUGGAAAAUAUUCACUCCGAAACUUAUUCCCUCCUUAUCGAUACCUAUAUUAAAGAUGUCGACAGACGUAAUUAUCUCUUCGAAGCUAUCGACACCAUUCCCUGUAUCCGCAAGAAAGCAGAUUGGGCACUCCGAUGGAUAACCGACACUCGUUCCACGUUCGCCGAACGUCUCAUCGCUUUCGCAGCUGUUGAAGGUAUUUUCUUUUCCGGUUCAUUCGCUUCAAUCUUUUGGCUCAAGAAAAGAGGUCUUAUGCCCGGCCUCACUUUCUCCAACGAAUUGAUCUCUCGUGAUGAAGGUUUACAUACCGAUUUCGCUUGUCUACUUUUCACCCAUUUACGACGUAGACCUCAUCCUUCUACAGUGGAGAAGAUCAUUCGUGAAGCAGUUAAAAUCGAACAAGAAUUCUUGACUGAUGCUCUACCCGUUUCUCUCAUCGGAAUGAACGCAAAACUCAUGUGUCAAUAUAUCGAAUUUGUCGCCGAUAGACUUCUCGUUGCUCUGGGUAAUGAUAAAAUUUGGAACGUUUCAAACCCUUUCGACUUUAUGGAGAUGAUUUCUCUUCAAGGGAAAGCCAACUUUUUCGAAUCACGAGUAUCGGCUUAUUCUAAAUCGGGUGUCAACCAAAGUGUCGGUUCGACGACGGAUCAUCAAGCUGUCAAGAAAGGUUUCUCGCUGGACGAUGACUUUUAAUGGGUGGAGAUUGGAUGGAAGUGGGAAGAGAGAUCUAAUUUUCUUGGUAGUAGCUUGGACUUGAUCGGGCGAUGUGAUGGAGUUUGUAUUGGUCAACACAGACCAAGGAUACUUUAUGCGAUAUAGAAUGUGGGUCGCAUAAAAGUAUGCCAUGAACAUGCAUUGUAUCGUAUCAAU